AUGAAUGAAACGCAACUCUCAAAGAGGCUGGCUCGUCUUGAAAAGCUCGGCCUAUGCGACCAGCACCACUCAUCCCGCGCUGAAAGCACCGCUGGAACAGAUAGGCUUGAGACUGGGGACGAACUGUUGUAUAUCCGUGCUAGUCCCCUCUGGCCAGUGGGUCUCUGCAUGCUGGCAUCAGAUAUUGCGCUUGGCGACAGCGUUUUACAUCGCCAAGGAAACCCCAACGCAGCUCGACCGUACAACUAG